AUGGUCUGGCAAGAUUCACCUCUGAUUGUCAUGUUGACCAACUUGACGGAGGAUGCUAAGGCAAAGUGCGCUAACUAUUGGCCUGACAAAGACAGCAAACAAUUUGGCUUCAUAGCCGUGACUUUAAAGAAGGUUCUUCAACACAUGUUUGUUGGAUCUGAUGACACCAACAAAUCAGCAUUGGAUUCAGUCAAUGUAAACAAAAACCGUGUCAGGAACAUUAACCCAGCAAACGGAUGCGGUGCUGACAACAUCAAUGCUGUCUACAUCGAUGGUUACCGCCGUGCUGAUACCUACAUCGUGACGCAGAUGCCUUUAUCUGAUACUGUGGUGGAUUUCUGGAGAAUGAUGUAUGAUCAUAGUUCUGCUACAAUAGUCAUGGUGAACGAAGCAGCAGAAUUGGCAAGAACAGAUGCAAUGAACGGAGCCCACCAGAGUGUCGUUUUCUGUGCCGUGUCCAGAAUAUUAGAGAAGAUGAAAGUGGAACAACAGGUGGACGUGUUUCACACAGUCAAAGCCGUGCGAAUCAACAUACCGAAGUUCAUAGACAGUUUGCUUCAAGAAUUGCUGGUCAAGAUUCUGCUGGAUGGUCAGCCUAUUGAAAUGGUGGAAGAUUUGCUCGCUGUGACCAGUAUAGGCAACUGGACAGUGAACACAGCUGUAGUGGAGGCACUGGCAGUUAUUACUGAUUCUUACAGGAAUCCAGACACGGCCAGCGUUAUGCUACAGGAGAAAGAGGGCCUGGAGGUGCUGAAGUCUUUAGUCAUUCAAGUCAGUGAACACCACAAACAUGGGGGAGAGCUUGUAAAUCCAGAGGAUAUUAUUAACCUCUUACGUCCAUUUUGUGCUGACGCAAUUGUUCCUGUGGAGCCAAGACUAGAUGUCCUCCAAAUACUGGAGCAAUGCUUUGAUUUGACUGAUAACGACCUAGUCCUAUUGGUGCUAUACAGAACUGAUGCCAUUGUAUCUACAGCUUGGGAAGAUAAGAAGCUGACAGAGGCAGACAUUAACUGUGACAGUGCCAGACAGAAGUUGUUCAACUCACUUCUGGGCUGCAGUGCAAACAUGGCACAAUAUCUGGCUCUCAGUAAAAUGCUCCGUGUGUGGCCCCUGCUCAGUAGCUUCAAAACCAGGUAG